AUGAUCAUGGAAUCGGCUGAUGUGCAGGCAACAGCACGAGAAGUGGAGGUCACGAUCACCUCAGCAAAAGGUCUUCGCGAUGCGGAAAAUGCGAGGACAACAGAUCCCUACUGCGUCGUAGAAGCACUUGGAUCCCAAAGUCGGUUCCAGACAAAAACGCUGCAAAGCACCGUGAAUCCUGUGUGGGAAGAGACAGGCAAGUUGAUUGUUUCGCGAAAUGGGGUGGUCAAAGUCACCAUCUACGAUUCCGAUGGAGGCCGAUGGGAUGAAGCGUUGGGGUGCGUGGAGAUCCCGUCAGAGAGCUUUGCCUCUGGCAGUUUCGAAGGAAGUCUGCCGUUGCAGGACACAAAGGACGCAAAGGCCAAAGUAGAGGCAUCCUUGCAGGUUAGCUUGCAGGUGCUCCAGACUGUGCAGGCAUCGAAUAUCGGUUCUGCAGUAGGAAGUGCCCAAGGAAACCCGGCUGCCUUGGCUGUGCCGCCGACUCUUCUGCAGACAUUUCCAGACUUGGCAAUGGUGUUGCCCGACCCUUUCUCAUUGACGACGGUGCCAAGGACAUUGAAACCCGAGGAAAAGAGACCUUCGUCGACCGCAGAAGCAAAUCAUUUGAUUGAGGCAUACCAUCGCCUGCUGGAUCAGCUCCUGGAAGCGCAAGAGAGUAUCGAAGUGGACCAGGAGCGCAUGGCCUGGGGCUUGCUGCAGGCCAAGCAAGCCCAGCCCCCCGACCAUUUCCUCGACAUGCAGGCCUUGAGGAGUGUUUGA